GUUUCGCGCCAUUCGUGUACGAACGUCGGCCGCGCGCGCUCGCAGGCAUAAUGCGCGCAGCCCUCGCUCCGGAACGCGCGAAAAUAAAAAAAGUAAAAAAUGCUCGAAAAAUAAUAAUAAAAUAAUGGCCGCCGAUAAACAUUUCAGUGCCGAACUCUUUUGAAACUUUGGAAGGAGUUUGAAAACUUUUUGGAAUUAGUUCUUGGUUUUUAAUUUAAAGUUUUAUUUUUGAAGUGUAGUUCUUGUGUCCUGUUUACUUUUGACAAUGUACUUGGAGUGAUAAGUUUGGCCCUCAUUAUUUGGAGUCAAGGAGUUCGUACUUGGCGUUAUUCAUGUGGCGAAUAUAAUCCUAAUACUGCACCAUGGAGCCAGACCUAGUGAUGGCGGAGCUGGGGACCACCCCGCGCGUCACCACUGCCUACCCCGCAGACGCCCACAACCUCACCUGGCGGAACCUCACUAACAGCACCAUGGGAGAUCUCAACGUCUAUUACUUUUAUGACGUAAAGAUGUUCACGGUGAUGUGGGUGCUGUUUGUAUUGAUAGUGGUGCUGAACGCGUCGGUGAUCGCGGCGCUGCUCUGCACCAACGCCAGGAAGAGCCGCAUGAACUUCUUCAUCAUGCAGCUGGCUAUAGCUGAUUUGUUCGUGGGUCUAAUCCUGGUGUUCGUGGACAUAGUCCAGAAGAUCACCAUCGCGUGGCUGGCUGGAGAGUUUAUGUGCAAAAUAGUCAAGUUCCUACAGGCAGUGGUGAUGUACGCUUCAACCUACGUGCUAGUCGCUCUGAGCAUCGACCGGUGUGACGCCAUCACUAACCCCAUGAACUUCUCUGGCAGUUGGAACCGCGCUCGGGGUCUGAUUGUCUCUGCUUGGCUGAUCAGCAUCAUAUUCUCCAUUCCUCUGCUCAUUCUCUAUGAGGUGAAGGAGGUUCAAGGUCAGCUUCAAUGCUGGAUAGACCUGGGCACGCCGCGUCGAUGGCAGAUCUGGAUGACGCUGGUGUCCGUCAUGAUCUUCGUGCUGCCAGCUCUGACCAUUGCCGCGUGCUACGCCGUCAUCGUGCUCACCAUCUGGACGAAGAGCAAGGCUGUGGUCAUGAGUCCGCCCGUCAACUCCCGCCGGACGAAGACUAUGAGGAAUGGUCAAAUAGAAUGUGACCCUGACUCCAGGAGGGCAAGCUCCCGCGGUCUCAUCCCCAGGGCGAAGAUAAAGAGCGUCAAGAUGACUUUCGUCAUUGUUUUUGUAUUCAUCCUCUGCUGGUCACCGUACAUAGUCUUCGACCUGCUGCAGGUGUAUGACCAUAUUCCACCGACGCAGACCAACGUUGCUAUAGCAACCCUUAUCCAGAGCUUGGCACCUCUGAACUCUGCAGCAAACCCAUUGAUAUGCUGCAUGUUCUCUCCUCACAUCUACACGAGUUUGAGGCGUGUGCCUCCGUACCGGUGGCUGUGGUGGGGUCGUCGGCGCAAGCGCCACGGGCGCGGCACGCUGCGCUCCCGCUCAGACUCCACCGCCAACUCGGAUCUGCUCAGCUCCACGCAUGCGAAACGCUCGCAUUCAGUUGCCACGAUACUAAACAGGACGCAGAGCAGUAGUAUGUCUCGUGUGAAGCCCGACCCACGCCGCACGCAACUGCUAGUGUUAAUAUCUUCCAGGGACUGACAACAACCAAUCACAGAGCCCGUCCGUGACGUGAUGCUCUAGCGUCAACCAAUGCCGUGCGCUUGCCGCAAGCCACGGACACGGACUUAUGUGAAUGCAUUGUAUGAUUAAAAAUGAGAACCGAAAUGUUGAAAGAGUGAUUUAUUGUGCGACUAUAUGUAUAUAAUAUGAUAUAAGAGUAUUUAUAUAGAGUUUGUUAUCGGUUAAAUAUUUUCAUGUAAUUUCGGUGGCGCAUUUUUUUAUGCUCUCUCAAGUGUUAUCUACAAAAAAACAUAAUAUUAUCAUUCCAUUUGAUCAACGAAAAGGUAGGUAAUAAUAAAAUCUAAUGCGCAUUGUAGUACUGUCUGUCGCUUUGCCUUUAAAAAUAUACACAUACACAUAACAUCGUGUCUAUUUCCCGAUGGGGUAGGCAGAGACCACGGAAUUCCACUUACUAUGAUCCUAAUCGACCAGUUUUGCUUCUCCCACUGUCAUCAUAGACUUCAAGCGUGCUCACCGUCUUAGAGUACUCCUGGAUUUGGCCUUUCUUUUAAACAUCCUGGUACUGAACUCUUCCAACCCUUACACCCGUAUCAUAAACAUCUUCUUUCACUCAUUCUCUCUACAUGUCCGAAUCAUAAGAGUACCCCUUUCUCAAUUCUUGUUACACUUUCUUUCACACCACCGAAAAAUCAGCCACCGAAGUUACUUACAGAAGCACAAAAUAAAAAAUAACUGUAGUGCCUCUGUAAGUAAGUAGGUACUUAAUUUUAGUGGCCCACAUUUUUAUAAGCGACAGUAAUUUUCGCAUACCUUUUUGUUAUUUAAAUCGAAUGGUCUAUUGGGCCGUCUUGUAGCCAAUAUUUUGGAAAGACAUGCAAUAAAAAAUACGCCACCGAAAUUCGCUUAUUUUAUGUAAAAAGUUAAACGGUUAGGAAUUUUCAGGAGCUUGUAUCUUGCAUUUUAAAGAUGUUAUUGGAAAUAAUUUUAAGUAAAGUCUUCCUUGCUUAGGCAUAAAUUAUUUUAUUACUUUGACUUGUUAUGCCGCUCUCUUGCUUUGUCGAUUAAGGUACCUCUGUACUUACAUGUAGAAUGUCUGAUAAGCUAUUUACAUGUUAAAACAGUGCUAUUAGCUGCCAAAUGAGUUCGGUACAAUAAGGCGGCGAAAAGGUAGUGCCAGUAGAUAAUGACCCCGAUUCCUGCAGACACUUCCUAAUUUUAUUUUAAGUUAUACCUGUCAUUUUCUUAUCCGCCGAAAAGGAAAGUGAUGAAUGAUUGACGACUUAAUUUUAAAAUGAAUGAAUGAAUAGCCCUAGCGAAUGAAAUAGGUAUCUCGAUGAUAUGCAAUCCAUUUGACGUAUGCUCUUAACUUCUGUCGGAUUAUUGGCUAAUAUAACAUUUUUAACGGUUUUUUUUCAAUUUCUACAUAAAAUUGACCUCCAUAAAUGUGAUGCCUGUUGAUUAUCUGGCUUUUUCCUUUUCGGCGGAUAAGAAAAUGGCAGGUAGGUAUAAUUUAAAAUAAAUUUAAAUGGUGUGUAUUGAAAUCAGCUCCAGUAACCAGUCAAUAGUGAAACUUAUUCUUAGUAAUUUAAGAACUUAUAUUUAAUUUAAGUACCUAGCAGUCUAAGUGCUGAAUUGUUUAAUAAUCUAUGUUUUAAAAAGGAAAGUUGAAAAAGUGAUAAAGAUUGUUACCGACAUCGAGUUUGAGUCAAUAUUUAGAACGCUAGUUCCCUUGUUGACUAAAAUAUAAAGCAUUUGUAUAUUACCAAAGACUAAUUUAAGUAAUUAAUAAUUAUCAAUUUAAGUAUUUAAUACUUAAUUUAAAUUUUAUAAUCCUAAUUAUGUAAGAAAUUGGAUUAGUACCCGCAUAGAUAAGUUUAUUUAAUAUUAGGUAAGUAAGUUAUUAUUUCGUAAUAUGAUUACGGAAGCAGUAUAUAAAGCAAAGGUUGGUGGUAGGGCUGGCAGGGGAAGACCUAGAAGAACGUACAUUGACCAAAUUGGAGAUGUCCUUAGAGGUUCAGUACGAUCUACUCUGAACUGGCGUGCGUGUAUGAAUCGAUUGAUGAAUGUGGAGGAAGCAAGAGAAGUGUGUCAGGAUCGAAGCAAAUGGAGUGUGUAAGUUAUUUAUAAUAGAUAUAAAAUAUAUGUAUAGUGUAAUAUAUACAUAUUAUUCAUUAUUACCUUCUAUAAUAACUUAUUAGAUUUCUUAAAUUUACUAAAUAAGUUGUUAUAAAUGUAAAAAUGUUGAAAUCUGAUUAUAAUUUACUACAAUAAUCUACUCAAGAUACCUAAAAAACGGCAAUACUGAAAACGUUGCUACCUAUCUACUUGAUAUAUUUUUACGUUAUAAUCUAGAUAGGUAAAUUUUUAAAGAGCGUAAAAUUGUAUGUGAUCUAUUAAAUCAAAUUUUAUGCAUUUUAAGCACUACUUUAUUAAAAUAUUUAAAUAGCUUGUGUUUUCUAUUCCGUUUUUUCCUCAAUAUUCCUUAUAAUUUCAGACACUGCAUAUAUUUUUAAUUGCAUUUUUACAUGUACAGCAGCUAAGAAAUGCUAGUAACCUAGCUAUGUAUUAAAGAGGCUUAGUACUUACGCAAAUAAUUGAAGUAUUAUCAUAUAGUUAUUUUUAUACUAUUAUAAACAAAAGAUGUAUUUAGAAUAUAUUCAAAGAAAUCAUUAAA